UAUGUUGAAGAUAAUAGUGUACAGCCUUCUGCUCCUGGCUUGCAUAGCAAAUCAUGUGCAAUCGAAACGAUUCACCUCCGUCCAAAUGUUUAGUCAGGUGAUAAACGAUCUACCCGAUGACAAUGUUAACGUAUGCCCUCCGGCGAUAGAACUGGCCCUGACCCAACUUUACCUUGCAGCCGGAGGAGCAACCGAGAGCGAACUGAAAAAUGACCUGGAAAUCAAUGGUAGCUCUAAGGGAAGUAUAUACGAGAGACCCCUUCCGCCGUUGGCCUCAGAGGGAAAUCCACGGAUUCGAGUUGCCGGUCGAUACUAUACACGGAAGGGAACCCAGAUCCAAUCGACUUAUCAGAAUACCCAUGUAAAAUAUCUGAAAUCCGAAAUCGAAAACGUCGAUGACAGUGACAAAUGGCCCGCGACGAUUAACAAGUGGGUUACUUCGAAAACGGAAAACGAUCUUGAGGACCUCAUUGACCCGCUACAGGUCGAGGAUUCGAGAAGUCUCUUUAUGACUAGUACCGUCAAUUUUUCUGGCUCAUGGAAGCAACCCUUCAAGCCCACUGCUAAUGCCAUGUUUUAUAUAGCGGACGAAAGUCGUUCGGAAUCGGUUAAAAUGAUGCAAGUGCUGGGCAACUUUAAAUACACUUUUGAAACCGGCAUAGACUGCCACACGGUGGUCAUUCCACUUUCCAAAUCAACAGUAGACCUGGUUCUGCUAAUUCCCAGAACCUUUUAUGAGAUUGCAAAAAUAGAAGAGGGUCUGAAGAACAUAGAUGUUCGUAAAACAGAAUUCAGAAAUGUCAAUCUCUCCCUGCCUCAGUUCAAAUUCCGGUAUAGCCGAGAUAUGGUCCAAACUCUGAUCGAUAUAGGAAUAACUGAGACGGUUUUUGACGACACAAAUCUCUCAGAUCUUAUCCAGAUUAAUAAGAAAUUGAAUAUCGACAGCAUAAUGCACUCGACUGUCAUUCAGGUUGACACAGAAGGAAUCAAGUCAUCUUCCGCCACAGGCAUCGACGUGCUAUCCUCCUUAAAAUCGCGCACUGAUUCCAAUCAGUUUCUGUCAGAAAUAGAAAAUGGUUCGAUAUCAUCAUCAAUUUUAAAUCAAUUUUUAGAUCGCAAGAAGAGGUCUCCACAAGCUGCGCAGGCACUAUCGUAUGUAAAUUUAGUGGUUAAUCGUCCUUUCUUGUUCAUCAUAAGGGACGCUAAAACCAUUUACUUCUUCGGUAGGUACAGUCAUCCUUCUGGGAUAUAAAAUAAAAAAUAAAUCAUAGAAUCCAAGGUG